GGAUGUUUUUCCUUCUGCAGGUCAUUGUCUCAGGACCGCAGUGGUCUGUCCAGCUGGACAGACAUCUUGUCUCAUCCUCAGAAGCAUAAGGAGCUGGCCAACUACUGCAGCCUGCUGCAGGAGCACUACCACCAGAGUUAUGUUAGAGGUGUGUACCGCAGCCUGCAGCAGGCCUGCAGCAUCAGCUCCCCAGACAUCCUCCUGGCCAUGGACUACUGUGAAGAGUCACUUCAGGAGAUCGACAUCACGGCUUUCCUUCAGACUCUAUGUGGUCACAUCAGGGGCUUUAAGGAGAGAAGCAGGACUCAGAGACCUGGAGGAGGUCCACAGCUUAGAAGAAUGCCUUCCUUCAGUAUCGGACCGGUGGACGAGAUGCCCACUAAAACCAGCACAGGCGUAGCCAACUCCUGCAGCAGCAGUGAAGUUGAAGACAGUUCUGAAGGUGAAUCUAAAGGGAAGGCUUCCCAGCAGAACCAGGAUGAUCCCAAACUCCCAGCCUUUCCUCUGUCCCUGCUGCAGACGGAACCUAGGUGUGACGUGUACCCAGACCUGCACAAAAUCAUUCAGGAGAAGUUUUUGAGGAUCCUGUCUCAGCACUUUAAGAGCGUCCCGUCCAACCCGCACUACUACUUCUAUUGUCCUCUGUCGGCCCAGAAGGAGGUGGACUCUGAGGACGGUGGCCAUGAGAGGACGCCCAGCGAGGAGCCGACAUCAGACGCCGAGCCCACCAGUGAGGAAGAGAACGCAUGCGGCUCCUGUUUGCUGGAGAGCGACCCGGACCUGGAGGUGGCGUACGAGGAGCAGGCAGGAACCAGCUCCCAGUCGGACUCCAACACGGUCAACCAGGACCAGGACUCCUUCAGCAUCCUGGACGGAGAGUCUCUACUGGAGGCCGAGGUUCUGGUUCCAGACCUGCCCCCGCUCUUCCUCCAUGUCACGUGUUCAGUUAACAUGAACGGCGGCCAUGGAUCCACCCCCACCCGGACCCUCCCCACAUGCCUCGGUGAGUCACCCCGCCCCCAUCUAUAA